AUGACAGUUCUUCCAGCAGCAGAUGCCCCAAUCCCGAUAUUCACCACCCUGCAAGAGCUGUAUGGCAGUCUAACGAUAGCCGCAAAACACGCAGGACGCUGGGACAAGCUCGUCAGAGAAUUCGAGACCAAGUUCGGGCAUAAACCCACCUAUGUCGCCCGUGCCCCCGGCCGAGUCAACUCACAUGAUGCAGGCGAACACAUAGAUUACGCCCACUUUGGCGUCUUUCCAGCCGCUAUCGAGCAUGAUAUUCUCAUUGCUUGUGCUCCGCGGCCCGCGUCCACUGCUACCGCUCAUCCUGAUCACCACCCGCCAGGCUCUGUAGUAGCCGAGAACCUGCAGACGCGUUAUACCCGUCAAGUCUUCACACCCACUCGCCGUCACACACUUGGCGAUGAUGUCCCCCCAGACGCUGUGCGCGUCGCCCCUUGGCAUUUGGAUAUCGAUAAGAGCGAGUUACGAUGGGAGAGUUAUGUCAAGGCGGGGUAUUAUGGCGUAUUGAACCACUUCUUCUCCCCAUCAUCCACAUGCCCCGUUCCUGUACCUGUUGACAUUCUUGUUACUGGUACCGUACCUCCAGGAUCUGGCCUUUCAAGCAGUGCGGCCAUGGUCGUCUCGAGUACGCUAGCAUUUUUGGCAGCCAACGGUAUUUUUGACGGAGAAAAUGCACCAACAAAGGGUGAGUUGGUCAACAUUGCGAUGGAGAAUGAGAGGCGGGUUGGGGUGAAUAGUGGAGGGAUGGACCAAUCAGCCUCUGUCAUCGCUCUUCCUGGCAGCGCACUAUAUGUUUCUUUCGUGCCUUCCCUCCAUGCAGAGCCAAUUGUGCUUCCGCGAAACGCGGUGUUUGUCUGUGCUAACAGGUGCGUUCAAUCAGCCCGUAUCGUCUCUAACAAAGCCGAAAGCGCUAAACACCAAUACAACCUACGAGUCGUCGAGACGCUCGGAGCUGCACGCGUUCCUCUCAAAUCAUCUCAACCUCCAAUCCUCGCGCGGAAGAGCGGCUUCCAUCGAGAUGAGCAAGAUGCGCCAAGGGAGGAUCUUGCGCAGCUGCGGAAAGGAUUAGAGGACAUUUUGGAAGGGAAUGUCCUGGACUUUUUGUUGUCCAAGGUCGAGGGGAGAACGAGCAUCACUCUGGAGGAGAUGAUUGAGAUGAGCGGGAUGGAUGAAGUUCAAUUUAGGGAGGUGUAUCUUUCGUGGGUAGAUGUCGAAACAACUCACUUUGAGCUGUACCUUCGUGCUAAGCACGUAUUUGAAGAGGCACUCAGAGUACUCCAGUUUAGGGAGGUUUGCUUAGGCGGAGGAGACGACGAGGAAUCCAAGCUCCAGACCCUCGGCAAACUUAUGAACGACUCGCACGAGAGUUGCAACAAGCAGUUCGACUGCUCCCAUCCCAAAGUGAACGACCUCGUUCAAGUCGCCCGGAACUUUGGGGAGGUGGACACGGGACGUGGGAAGGGGAGAGUAUAUGGGAGUCGUGUGACUGGCGCUGGCUGGGGCGGCUGCAUCGUCUCCCUCGUGCACCGAGAAGAUGUGGAUGCGUUUAUCGUCCAUGUGGAGAAGGGAUAUGCAUCGUAUGAAGGUAUGAGCGAUGAGGACCUUGCGGGCUGGGUGUUUGCGACAGAGCCGGGGAUGGGCGCGUGUGUGUUUAGGUGCACAGAUUGA